AUGCCAGAGGACCUGGUGGCAGAGAGUGAGGAAACACUACCUGCUGCAAAUGCAAGCUCAAAUGUUAUUCCCAUGCAUCUAGUAACUCAGGUACUGCUGGUUCAGAUCUUUUACAACUAUGGAUGACCUGAAUAGAAGAACGUAAGAAGAAGAGCCUGCUGGAUAGGGACAAUGGCCCACCUGAUCCAUGAUCCUGUUCUCACAGUGUCCAGCCAGAUGUCUAUGGGAACCUUGAAAGCAGGACCGGAGUACAACAACACACUCCCCAGUGGAGUGGAUGCAAAACGUAGAUAUGGUGGCUAGAAGCCAUUGAUAGACUUCUCUUCCAUCGGUUUGUUUAAUUCUCUUUUGAAGCCAUCCAAGUUGGUGACAAUCACUACACCCUGCAGUUGUGAAUUCCAUAGUUUAAGUAAUGUGCUGUGUGAAUAAACACUUAAUUUGGCUGUCCUGAAUCUUCAAGCAUUCUGCAUCAUUGGAUGUCUGCAAGUUCUCAACCUGCUGUACCAGAGGCACAGCAAGAUACCUGUCUUUUCAGUCCUGGGGUCUUCUUCUCAACCCAAUUGUGUUCUCGCUAAGGGGCAGGCUCUAGGUUAUGUUAUUCAUGCUUAUUAAAAAUCAUACUUAAGCAAGCCACUUAUAUUUUUGAAGAAAAAUCUGCCAUGCCGGAACAUGGCUGUUAGCUCAGUUGGUUACAGCGUGAUGCUGAUAACGCCAAGGUCGCUGGUUUGAUCCCCAUAUGGGCCAGCUGCAUAUUCCUGCAUUGCAGAGGGUUGUACUAGAUCAGGCAUCCCCAACCUGUGGCCUUCCAGAUGUUUUGGCCUACAACUCCCAUGAUCCCUAGCUAACAGGGCCAGUGGUCAGGGAUGAUGUGGCUGGGGAAACCCAGCCAGAUGGGCGGGAUAUAAAUAAAUAAAUUAUUAUUAUUAUUAUUAUCCAAAACAUCUGGAGUUGGGGUGCCUGUACUAGAUGACCCUUGGGUCCCUUCCAACUCACAUCUGAUCUAGAUGGGUUCCUGCUGAAAAUCCGACCAUUGACACUCAAGAACCUCUGACACUGAAAAGGGAGUUGGCCCAGAUGACCUCCAAUAUCCCCUUCAGCUCUAAAAUUCUGAGUCUUCUUCAGAGAAAUGCACAGCCCACCCUAAAUGCAUUUACUCAGAAGUAAACCCCAUCAAUUUCAGCAGCACUUGUUUCCUUGUAAAUAUGCCAAGGACUCCAGCCUUGGCAGUUUGGUACUUUGGUGAAAGUCUACAAAUUAUGGUUGUUAUCGUUGAUAGCAUUUCCUCGUUUUAAUUCAGGAAGCCAGUAUUUUGGACUCCAAAGCUGUUGAUGGUCAUACGCAAACUGAAGAGACUGCUCUGCUGAACAGCUGUGAGCAUCAAACACAAGAGCCUGUGGUUGAGUCAAAGACAUCAGGGAAACUGAGGCGAAUAUGUGCCUGUCCUCCACAAGGCAUAAUUGCCAGAAUCGUGACAAAUGGUAUGUAAAAAGAAAGGGAAGAGGCAGGAAUGUGUGAAGUUAUUUUAGUAACAUAUCCACAAAUGCUAAGAAAUAUAUUCAUGCCUCUCCAACUUUAUUUCUUCUUCCAGUGGCAGCUAUGGUGCUGGUCUGGGCUGUGGCCUGGUCCAUUACAGGCCAAGAGUGCCUUCCUGGUGGGAACCUCUUCGGAAUUUUGUUCCUCUUCUUUUCUGCUGUAAUUGGUGGUAAAUUUAUGGGCAUUAUUAAACUUCCCGGCCUACCUCCAUUCCCUCCACUUCUUGGUAAGUUGCCAAUGAGCCUGCCAUCAACUUGCUGUUACAUAGGUUUGAUCUGUGGACAUGACAGGGCAGAGAUUACAGGGAGGUUUAUCUGCAGUCAGAUUAUAUAACCUGUUGGUGUUAAGUUUAAUUGUUAGAUUAAUCAACUGUAGCUUUAAUUGAUUAGAGAGGAACAGUUUUGUUUGGUGAUGGCAAAUUUUAAUUGCUUGGGCAUGGGUGGGCUUUUUUCUUGGUGGGGGGGGGUAGGCUAAAUUAUUCCUGGAGAACUUCUUUAAUAUGGAGUUAAAAAGAAAGGAAAUGGUGCUUCUGUAAAAAUUUAUAAGCAAAAAUAAUUGACAGAAUCUCAAGAAGCCAUUUGCACUGUUAAAUUGAAUUGAUUAAUCAGCUAAAGGACAAGUGAUUACUCACUUAAAGAUCAGCUUUAAUCAGUUGACAACCUUGAUGUGAAUCCAUUCUGUUAACAGUGCAGGUAUCCUCUAGGCUACUUAAAUCUUUCACAGAGAUUUUCUUGGUGCUGAAGAAACUCUUGGAGUGAGGAGGUACUAUUUUUAGUUAAAUUGAAGCAUGUUGUUUAAUUUUUUAAAAUCUCUGCAACAUCUUGAGAAGGUAGGUAGAUUCUAUCAGGUCAUGGUCCUAUGAGUAAGUGACUUGGUAGUUCUACAUAUGAUAACUUUCCCAAUCUACAGAAUAUCAACUUUAAGUUCCAUUGACAAUGUGACUUUUACAGAUCAGGUACACUGUCUUUUUGCUUAACCUGUCCCAUAGGAUUGUUGUGAAACUACAGUAUUUUUCGUCCCAUAGGACGCUCCGUCCCAUAGGACGCACCUAGUUUUUUGGGGGGGAAAUAAAGGGGGAAAAAAUUCCUUUAUUUCCCCCCCAAAACCAGGUCGGGGAACAGCGGUAUGGCGGCACUCCGCCUCCCCGCUGUCCCCCGAGCUUGUGGGGCUGGCCGAUGUCUGCCCGGCGCGAGGGGCGCUCUGCUUCAGGGCGCCUCAUGCGCCAGGCGGCAGGCUGCUGCAGGGCUCCCCAUGCUGCGGAUGUCUGCGUGGCGCGAGGGGCGCUCUGCUUCAGGGCACCCCGGGCGCCGGGCGGCAGGCUGCUAUUCGCAGCCUGGGGAGCUCUGCGGGAACUCCCGCAGGCUCCCCAGGCUUGCUGAUAGCUUCCUGAAGCCUGGAGAGCGAGAGGGGUCAGUGCACACCGACCCCUCUCGCUCUCCAAGCUUCAGCGAAAGCCUGUAUUCGCCCCAUAGGACGCACACAGAUUUCCCCUUCAUUUUUGGAGGGGGAAAAGUGCGUCCUAUAGGGCGAAAAAUACGGUAAUACAGGGGAACCUGUUGUAUGCCUAAACUGAGUUCCUAAGAGGAAGGGUGGAAUACAAAUAUGAAAAAUUAUAUGCUGGGAAGCAUAUUUGACUGAAUGCCAGGAGUAUGGAAAUGGGAUUUUCCAUUAGAUCUGCAAAUUCAGGAAUUUGCAUUAAUCUACCCCCCUGUGUUGUAACCACUGGCUCAUAUUCUUCCUCUCGAGCUUUUGGUACAGGCUGUAUUUCUGUGAGGACAGAAUGCUUAACCUGCGAAGGCAUCUAAUCUUAUUCAGAAUUUUUUCAGGCAGUGUGUUUUCCCGUUCUCUGUUCCUUUUAGGAAUGCUGCUUGUUGGAUUUCUCCUCAGAAAUGUCCCACUGUUCAGUAACAUAGUCCGGAUCAAAGUGAAAUGGGCAGUUGCCCUGAAAAAUAUCGCCCUCUCCAUUAUCUUGGCUCGUGCUGGCCUUGGCCUUGACCCAAAGGUAGAGCAUUAAAUGGUACUGUUGAAUAUCUCUUACUGGUGUUUAGUUAGAAUCUCCUUUCUUGUAACUUGAAUCCAUUGGUUCAGGUCUUAGCCUCGAGAGCAGGAGAAAACAAGCUUGCUGCAUCUUCCAUGUGACAGCCCUUUAGAUAUUUGAAGAUGGCUAUCAUAUCUCUUCUCAGUCUCCAUUUUACCAGGCUAAACAUAUCCAAUCCCCUAAACCGUUCCUCAUAUAAGGCUUGGUUUAAGCUUAAGUUCUUGUAAAUUUUGCAUGAGGAAAACAGUUGUUCUGUGUGGGGAAGCCUGUUACCCCCAUGCAGAACUGAUUGUUCACUUCAUGGCCUUUUUGAACCUAUAACUAAUUUCCAUCUAUUUCUAAGCCAUGUUCAGAUGGCAGAAUUUAAUAAGCUAUGAGUUGUGUUUGGAUGCAAGAAUGAGACACUCUCACACACAUCCCUCACGUGUCCUCUUCUGGUGUGGUUGUGAGGCAGAAAUUGGGAGCUUCUGUUUUUUAUUAACCACAGUUCAACCUAUUGUUCAAAUCUUGGAUUAUGGUUAGUCUUAACUAUGGUUUGUCGCAACAAACCAGCUUCAUGAACUGUGGCUUGAAGUUAGCUUGUUUCAGCCACAGUUUCUCCAGGUUUGGACGACACAGCAAGCAGUGGUUAAUAUAAAAUGAAGGCUUCUCCACUUCUUGUGGCUGUGUCACAUAAGCUCACUGUGGCUCCAUGGUUUAGAAUGGCUUCUGGACAAGGUCAUUGUAAGCUCAGCUCACAGGGGGAAGUACUCUUCCCCAUCACCAAUUCCAACUCCACAUGCUCGUUUGAUAAUAUCCUGAUCUCUUCUCUCCAUCCCUGUUUGCUCUUGUAGUGAGAACCUCUGUUGAUCCCAGAAAGAGAUGAACUUCACACCCCUUACCUCCAAGCACCCUUCUUCUGUCCUAUAUUAUGAAAGUUGAGCAGAGCAAAACUCAAUGGGGUUUCUUCUGCACUGAUGCUGCUGAUGUGUUAAUAUGCUUGUCUUUCAGGCUCUGAAAAAACUGAAGGCUGUCUGCUUAAGAUUAAGCGUGGGGCCCUGCAUGGUGGAAGCAUGUGCGGCAGCUGUCUUGUCUCACUUCCUCAUGCACCUGCCUUGGCAGUGGGGAUUUAUGUUAGGGUGAGCCGCUUUUUACAGCUUUUUUGGGGGGGUGGGACCCCUGACCAUUAGGUCCAGUCGUGACCGACUCUGGGGUUGCGGCGCUCAUCUCGCUUUAUUGGCCGAGGGAGCUGGCGUACAGCUUCUAGGUCAUGUGGCCAGCAUGACUAAGCCACUUCUGGCGAACCAGAGCAGCGCACGGAAACGCCGUUUACCUUCCUGCCGGAGCGGUACCUAUUUAUCUACUUGCACUUUGACGCGCUUUUGAACUGCUAGGUUGGCAGGAGCAGGGACCGAGCAAUGGAACUCACCCCGUCGCGGGGAUUCAAACCGCCAACCUUCCAAUCGGCAAGUCCUAGGCUCUGUGGUUUAACCCACAACGCCACCCGCAUCCCAUUUCCAGCUUAGAAGUGAUGUAUUUCUUUUUCUUGAACUGAAACUACCUUACAUGAAAAACAUUGAUUGAAAGUGCACCUGCCACUUAUAUUUUGGUUUUCUUUAAUUUCUGUGUUGUAAAAUAGUACAGUGGUACCUUGGGUUACAGACGCUUCAGGUUACAGACUCCGCUAACCCAGAAAUAGUACCUCAGGUUAAGAACUUUGCUUCAGGAUGAGAACAGAAAUUGCGUGGCGGUGGCGGCAGCAUGGCAGCAGCAGGAGGCCCCAUUAGCUAAAGUGGUACCUCAGGUUAAGAACAGUUUCAGGUUAAGAAUGGACCUCCAAAAUGAAUUAAGUUCUUAACCCGAGGUACCACUGUAUCCGUGCUCUCUUCUAGCAGUUCUAGGAGGCAUAGGAAGCUGCCUUAGACUGAGGCUUUGUACGCAUUAUUGGCUUGAAACGCAGCUAGGUCAUUCUUCUUCUCUGUUUGGAUGGAAGCCAGUUUGUGGGAAAACACAUUGAAAAUCAGUACAGUGGUACCUCGGGUUACGUUACCUUUGGGCAAACGCGGCAAACCCAGAAGUGUAUAUUUUUUACGGUAAGUAUGAACCCCUGGGACGAAUUAAGUUCGUAUCCAGAAGGUCCACUUUUGUAUUUCAUAAGAGGAAGUGGAGGAAAUGUGCCCACAAACAGGCAUGAAGGGUUGAUAGUGUGUUUUUGUUCAGAUUUGUUUUAGGUGCUGUGUCCCCUGCUGUAGUUGUUCCCUCGAUGCUGAUUUUACAAGCGGGAGGCUAUGGUGUUGACAAGGGCGUCCCCACCUUACUCAUGGCUGCUGGGAGCUUUGAUGACAUCCUGGCUAUUACGGGCUUCAAUACCUGCUUAGGGAUGGCCUUCUCAUCAGGUAUCCAUGCUACUUCAUAGAAUCGAUGAGCGCUUGAAUAUGCCUUUCUUAUUGAUGCGAUCAUUUGCUACAUACAGGUGAUGAAUUACAUGGGUGCUUUGCAUGGAAUAAGAAAACCACAAUGCACCCCACUUGCAAUCUGAAGUGGCACUCGCCUUUGCUUGUGAAACCUGGUGCCUUAGGGUGGAAGCUGGUGGGAGGCUGAUUCUGUUGCCAUAAGGCCGGAGUCGGCAACCAAUUUUGAGGCUGGCCUGGAGUAAAAAAUGGAUGCAACGAAGCCUUUCCUCUUUCUUCCACUCUCCUCCUUUCCUCUCCCUCCUCUCUCUCUCUUACUAACACCUCCUUUUCCACCUUGCCCUCCUUGCUACCUGCAUGAAAUGUGGCUGACGGCAACAGAUUGCCCACUCCUGCCAUAAAGCGUUAUAUUAGAAUGCCUGUGGCUUUCUUCCAUAGUCCUACCUUUUGUAUAAAGCUAAUCACCACUUUGGAUAUUUCCUCUGGUAGUUCCUUUGCAACAGGGCUGUAUUAAGCAUAUGUGGUUCCGAUGCAAAGAUCCACCCGGUGCCCCCUCCCCCAGGUUGCCCAGUCCCAGACGCGCAGGAGGGCAGAGCUGGCAGGCUGCCUCAGCAUCUCGCUGACUCGGUCGCCCCCAAACUCACAGCGCAGAGCCGCCUGCAGCAGAAGAGCCCGCCAUGGUGCUCUGACCGACGGGUGGGCUCUUCCCCGGACUCGGGGUGUCCAGGUCUCGGGCCCUGGAUACUCGGCCUGGCACCCCUGAAAGCCUGGCGCCCAGGUGCCCCACACCCCUAGCGCCUAUGCGUAAGAUGGCCCUGUUUAGCAAGGAGAUUGUUCAAAAAUCCAUUUGAGCCACCUUCUUCCGCUUUGCCAAAACAGGCUCCAUCCUUGAAAAUAUAUUUCGUGGUGUGCUGGAAGUUGCUGUCGGUAUAGUAGCUGGUGGCCUUUUGGGAGUUUUCGUUUGCUACUUCCCAAGCAAGGAUCAGGUAAAGAGGAAAAACAUUUUGGAGACUCUGUUUUGGAGCAUGAGAAGCAGGGAAUGGUUAAAAAGAACUCUCUAUGCUUUAGCUGAAAAUAUUUAAAAGUGAUUAAUAAUAAUAAUAAUAAUAAUAAUAAUAAUAAUAAUAUAGAUUUUUCACUCAUGCAGAUCUAUUAAUAUUUUAUUCUCUUCAAGCUUUCUUCUCAUCUGUAGCAUGACAUUUUUCUCUGCUGUCUUCCAUUUUUUAUCUCCUGAUCCUAGGCAUCCCUUGUACGCAAGAGAGCAUUCUUUGUGGUGGGUCUAUCUGUGUUUGCUGUUUUUGGCAGCACGUAUUUUGGCUUCCCUGGAUCCGGUGGGCUCUGCACAAUUGUCUUGGCAUUUCUGGCUGGUAUGGUGUGGUCUGAUGAGAAGGUGAGCGUUCAGUUAACACACUGUCCAAAAAUCAUGCAGAUUCCAAAAUAUGAGAGUUGUGAAAUAGAUCUAAUGCCAUUAAGAUUUCCUUACAGUAGCUGGUUAUUAUUAACUUAGGCACUGAAAACAAUUGUCCUGGCCAGCAAAGGAGAUUAGUGCACAAAGAUGGGCUUUCUCCUCUUGAUGCAGAUACAAAUCCCAUUGAACUGACUGGGUCUAUCUUUCAAUGAGAAUGGGAAUGGGCAUCUCUGUCCCACUAUUUGUUGCAAAUGUCUAGAGCAAGAUCAGGGCCAGUGAAUCCUAGAGACUGAAAGUCAGGAAAAUAGACAAUUAAAAGCAGGGGCUGCAGCGAAACGUUGCAAUAGGAAAUGCAGCAGCUCAGGGUGGUACUUUUGCAAACCUUGGCGUUGCCCUGAGGCUGCAGCUUGUGCAGCUGGUGCAGUUUUCUGGCUACAUAAAGCAGUGGCCUCUAAACUUUGGAAAUAGAGGGAAUGGUAUGCUGGAACAAGCUGUUGAACAAAUAGGCUUAAAUACCGUCACCAAAAAAUGUCAAUUCAGCCAGGAUUUAUUCUAAAAGGUGUGUCUUGCAUAAUCUAAGUUGUCUUAUCAGGUCAGCUCUGCGUUUAAAAACAAGCCUUGGCAACCAGGAAUUCCACACAGGUGAGAGUACAAGCAAAGGAGGAACAGAACUUGCUGCCUGCAAAAGGUUUUCCAGCCUGUUUUUUGCCCAUAAGACAAGCGCCUCUUAUGAGUAAAAACCAGGAAAUUAUUUAUUUAUCUUUUUAAUAAAAUGUAUGUACCACUCGAUUGCAAAAAAACCCCCCAAACCCUCAAAGUGGUUUACAAAAAAGUUAAAACAAUAAAACGAAGAGAAACUUAGAACCAUACUUUAAACCAGGGGUUGGCAACCUAAGGCCCAAGGGGCCACAAGCGGCCCAUGGGGGUUGUUUAACCUGCCCAUGGACCCCCACCGCCUGCUCGGUCGGCUCCCAUGCGCCAUGCUAAACCAGUGCGGAGCAGAGUGAGGAUCACCUUCUGCGACGCUGGCUGGCUUCCCAUUGGCUACAGGAAGCUCCUGCAGCCAAUGGGAAGCUGUGCACGCCAUAGCAUUUGCCCAUGCGUGCGCACGCACUCCAGCCCACCGCAUCGUCUGUGGGACCGUGAACCGGCCCAAGCCACAAAAUCUUUGCCAACCCCUACUUUAAACCAUACUAAAAAGAGUUUACGAUUGCCUCAACUUUCUAAGCAUCUGGGUUAAAGGUAAAGGUAAAGGUACCCUGCCCGUACGGGCCAGUCUUGACAGACUCUAGGGUUGUGCGCUCAUCUCACUCUAGAGGCCGGGAGCCAGCGCUGUCCGCAGACACUUCCGGGUCACGUGGCCAGCAUGACAAGCUGCAUCUGGCGAGCCAGCGCAGCACACAGAACACCGUUUACCUUCCCGCUGGUAAGCGGUCCCUGUUUAUCUACUUGCACCCGGGGGUGCUUUUGAACUGCUAGGUUGGCAGGCGCUGGGACCGAACGACGGGAACGCACCCCGCCGCAGGGAUUCGAACCACUGACCUUUCGAUAGGCAAGUCCUAGGCGCUGAGGCUUUUACCCACAGCGCCACCCGGGUCCCUAAGCAUCUGGGUUAGGCUUGCCUAAACAGGAAUGUUUUAGCAGGUGCAAGUAAACAUUUUUGCAGGCCACUUUAGGGGGCUGGGUAGCCUCGUUAUCAGAAUAGUUCCUCCAGGACAUAUUUGAAAGUCAAUUAAUACUGUUUUAUAAAUAAAAAUAGAAUCAAACUUGCACGGUUUGAACAGCUUUUAAAAUUCAUGCUUGAUAUGAUUAUUGAAGGGGUAAUUUUACAUGUGUCUCCAGCCCCCAGGCCAAUACUGGUGUGGGAAGCAAUGCUGUCUGUCUUUCAAUGCUGCCUGUCUUUGCUCUCCCCCUGCAGAGGAAAGUUGAAAAGAUUGUUGCGGUUGCCUGGCAAAUCUUUGAACCCUUCCUGUUUGGUUUAAUUGGAGCUGAAAUAUCUAUUUCAUCUCUCGGACUUGAAACAGUUGGUAGGUCUCCUAAAGAAAGCACUGACAUCCUGUGAACUAACUAGCUCACCUUUUGAGGGGUACUAUUAUUAUUAUUAUUAUUAUUAUUAUUAUUAUUAUUAUUUAUAUACUGCCCUAUACCCGGAGGUCUCAGGGCAGUUCAGAGUCCUUCUUCCAAAGCUAGGAAAACUUGGAAGCUUUUCAUAAGAAAAUGUGAAAAGUCUUACAUUAUUAUGUUCUUGUAACCUUUAUAUCUACCCUGCGUGGUAGGUUGGUUUAUUUAUCUGAAAUCCAACCAUUUGGUACAAUGAUGCCCAAGAUGGUUUAGAAUUGAUUUCAAUGCAGGCGUACACACACACACACACACACACACACACACAAACAUAAUCUCAAAAUGCACACAACCCAGCCUAGUUGAUGGAUUGGGAUUCCAGGGUGUUUGUUGCAGUUUUGUUCUUUCUGGCAGGGAAAGGGGCAGUGAAGCGAGCUCCCUUCACCUGUUCCUUUUCUAUCAUAUGGGUGGAGACCGUGGAGUAAUGAUCUUCUUUCCUGAGUCCAGUUUGUCGGUGGCAGCUAUUGCUAUAUUAUAGUUGGGAAACUGAGGUUGGGAGAGACCAACUCCCUAACAGGUCAUCCAAGGAGUUUAUAGCAGGUGCAAGAUUCAAACUGGGGACUUCCCAAUUCAUAGCUUAGAGACUAAGCCACUAUUUGACACUUGUUCCUAACUGACUUCCCAGCUACUAGCAACUAAUAAUGUCCUAAUCAAUUUAGUUAAUUGCUCCAAUGUUUCAAUAAUUAUUUUAAGUAAAAUAUAAAUUUGGGCCCAGAGUUCUCAGGAUAUUCAGUCUUGUUUUGCUCUGCAUUGCAAAACUGCUUAAUCUUAUUUCCGUGUUUGUCUUGUCUGAUCUGGAAGCGAUCUACAGCCUUCAAUCAAUGCACAUAGAUUUCCAUUUUCUGUUUUCUUACAAAGUUGAAAUCUGGCAUAGGUGAUGAAAAUGCAUCCAUUUGACUCUUGGUGUUUUAGGUUAUUAAUUAGCUAUUAUGAACAAACACAUCUACCUUGAGUUCUUAUUUUGAAGGUAGACAGGAUGCCAACAGAUUAGUAAAAAUAGUGUUGCUGUUGACAGCUGUGUUUGCAAAAACAAUUGCAAAGGUUUUCUAGCUGUUGCUGCUUCAUCUGAAUAAUAUCUGCCUGUCUCUAUUGACCCAUGCCUUUGCUUGUUCUUACUAAUAAGAUGAAGGCCAGGCUAAUGAGUCAUAUUUCUCUGUUGCAGGGCUUUGUGUGGCUACACUGGGAGUUGCACUGAUAGUCCGAAUUGUGACAACAUUCCUGUUGAUGUUUUGUGCCGGCUUUGACCUCAAGGAGAAAAUAUUUAUUUCACUGGCAUGGAUCCCCAAAGCAACCAUCCAGGUGCAGUAUACAGUAACAGACCUGUAUCUUCUACAAACAAGGGGGUUAGUGUAUUACUUAAAGGUAUUUUUGCUAUGGAACACUAUGGUAUACUACUACAAAUAGGUAUUUUCAGCCCAUCUAAUAAACUGUCAAGAGCGAGUCCUUGGUAAUGGGUCAUAUUUUGAAGGAGUCAGCAAUACAAACCCACAACACACCAUGGCUACCAAAGGGAAUCAAAGCUUUAGCAUAGCCUUUCUGCUAUGGGCUUGCUCCCAUUUGGUUGUGUCUUGGCACCUGCUCAGGAGUCAGCAGCAUGAAGAACAUAAGAUGAGCAUACUGCCCCAUUUCUUGGUGCUUUCCUUUGUCCCUUGAUUAAAAGAAAGCAACCGAGUUGCAUAAUAAAGGUGGGCACAUCGCUAGAGGUGGAUUGGGCCCCUGCACCACCAAAUGUAGUCAAGAUUAAUCCAUCUGAACUUUAGAAGCAUAGAUGGAUCAUUUGAAUUGUCCUCCUAAGGCUCUUGAAAGCCAGCGAUGAUCCCGAACGAUUGCUUUGAUAAUGAACUUCUCAGGAGGCAAGUUGGUGCAUUCUGCAUCAAUCAUAGCAAUUGAUCAUGAGAGGGACCUUUGAAGACUGGUCUGUUACGUAAUCAAGCUUUGAAAAUACUGCAAGAAAGGACCUGUUGGAUCCCCACAUGAGACUCUUUUUCACACUUUUGUCCCUAUAACUCCAAGAUCGGGAGACACUGAACCGGAAGGUGGGUUUUUAAAAAACAGUUUCCUUGAAUGCUUUAGCUGAGAUUCCUGUAUAGCAGAGGGUUCAACUAGAUGGCUCUUGCGAUCACUUCCAACUCUACAAUUCUAUGAGUCUUCACAAUGAUGGUUUUGUUGUUCUGUCUCCUGCCAGGCUGCAAUUGGUUCUGUUGCCUUAGAUACAGCCCGAAGUCAAGGUGAAAAGGACACAGAGAUGAAAUACGGCAUGGAUGUCUUGACGGUGGCUUUCCUGGGAAUCCUGAUCACAGCUCCAAUUGGAGCGCUGAUCAUUGGCCUGGCAGGGCCCCGACUUCUACACAAGGCUACUGAAACGAACAGUGAUGGUCAUGGACAUGAAGGAAGAGAAGAAAUGGAAACAUCUGGAGCAGUGUAAGGGUCAGGGAAUGGCCCCAGAAUCAUAUAAAUCAGUACUCUGCACUGUCUAGGUAUCACAGUGUCCCGUAGUGGCUUGCAGAAGUCUGAAAGUCCAUGGAAUACAUUGCAAUCAGAGGUCUAAUGGAUAAUAUAGGAUUGAAUUAAAUCAACCUCCUCAGCCUUGACUUGGAAGUUCUUGAGAGCUAUCACAAGCAGUGUACAUCCUUUGGACAUGCCACUUUACUGCUGAAAUAUGAUCAGUCUGAUUUGGGAAUAUGAGUGCCAACAAAAGGAAACUUUUGAGGUGGUUCCUGAGAAUUAGUAAAGUUCUGGAGCAGGAAGGUAUACAGGAUUGAUAAUGUAAACAAAUAACCAAAAGUGAGAUCUUGGAUUUUUCAAACAGCUGAGAAAGGCACUCCAUUGCUCAUUGAUGUUCAGUAGACAGUAUGUUCCCAGUCUUUGGAAUAAACUUUCACCACCUGAUAUUUAGUUUCCUUUCUUAUAUCCUAAAAUAUUAAAGUGUUUUAAAUUGACGUUUCGCCCAAAUAACAGAAUAUUGCAGUGCAAUUGGACACACAUGUACUCUGAUGUAAGCUCCGCAGAGCUUUAAUGGCAGGUAAGUCUAUAUAUGAUUCAAGCUUUAAUUAAUCUAUUUGAUUACUUGAAAAACUGCACAAAUGUUCUCAAGAAAAGCCUAUGUACUUUGUUUUUUAGGUGGUGCAGUGCGUGUGCUGCAGUAGGCAUCAGAACAGGUAUUCCCCAUUCUCACACAAGACCGAAUGCCACUUCUUGGUACACUUUCAAUCUAUAAUAAAUGUAAGCAUUAGUACCAGCAAAAAUAUGUGGGGCAAAGUAUGGAAGGUAAUGCUCUAAGUCAGAGCUUUACAAACCCUGUGCCACAACACAUUAGUGUGUCGGCUGCAGUGUGUAGGUGUAUCAUGUGAAUGCUCUCCAGUCUCCUCCCAGGACUGGAAAGGGGUUAGUUUAACCUCUGAUUUGCUAGUAAAACUGAAUUAUUGUGCCACAAAAUGUCUAGAAAGUGUGUCGCCAAAAUGAAAAGUUUGGAAACCUCUGUUCUAAGUAUUAAAAAACUGAUUGACAGGAUUACAAGUCAUGUAAGGGCAGUGUGGAAGAAAAAUCAAGUCUUGAUGAGGGCAAAGUCCGCUCAAGACCCUGUUUGUUAAGACAAGGCAGUUGCGAUGGAGAAGACCUCAUCACCAGCCCGACUCUCCUCUGAGCUGAUCAGUGGGGUGUUCUGCUGACGUACAGAGCUUAACAGCUUUUAUUGGGGUGGCAACGUUCUCACAACCUGAUUAAUGAGAGACCACAAGUUAGCUUUGAAAGGAAAAGCACAGGAAAACUGCAUUUGUGGGUCAAAUCCCCUCAAUCAUUCCAUCCUGGAAGACCUGCUCCCUGCCUUGCAGACCUUUUCCCACUUGGCCUGGGAGGGCAGCGCACUGACUCCAUCUACAAAAGCUGAUGCAGCUGAAGAGACCAGAGAUAGUCUUGAUAGUCUCUCAGUUCAGACCCAGGUCAUCGAACCUGAGCUUCCACAGCUGCUGGCAGCAGCAGCAGGUAUGUUCUGUGCUUAUGAGAAUAUUUUAUUCUCUAGCUAAUUAUGCUGUUCUAAAUGGGGAUUUUAUAUUUGGCUUCCUUUAGUGAUGUUUUCUUUUGAAAUGUUUUAAGAUUUAUUUUUCUUAACUUUUCUACAUUGAAUGUGCAUUCUGUAGUUGACCACUUUAGCAAUGUUUUAUUUUGAAAUCUUUAAGAUAAUAGUUUAGUUUCUUGUUGAUUAUGUUGCUUUGAAUGAAUACUUUAUAUUUGACUUACUUCAGUAAUGUUUUAUUCUGGCUUGUUUUAUUCAGUCUUUUAAUGUAGGUUGUAAACCACUUUGAGAUUCCGCCCCCCUAAAAAUAUAAAGCGGUAUAGAAAAGAAAUGAGUAAUAAUAAUAAACAUAAUAAUAAUAAUGUUCCUUUCACAUUUUAAUCUUUUAAGCCCCUCACCCUCCUUCAUGCUGACACAUUUUUUACACUCUAGGGAGACAUGGCCUUAAGAUACAAACAGUCUCAGACCUUGCAGACCCCAGACCCAUACAUUCAGCAAGGACUAAUGAAAUAAAUGGUGUUCUGUGAUAGAUAGAUAGAUAGAUAGAUAGAUAGAUAGAUAGAUAGAUAGAAAGAUAGAUAGAUAUUUGUAAAGAUCUGUAUUUUGGAAAAUAUUACUGUUCAAGAAGAAAAAUAAUUUGCAACAAUAUAAUUUUUACCCUUAUGUCUAUGUGUAUUUGGUAUAAUAUUUUUAUAACAACUUUUUAUUUGAAGAAGAUAUGUUUCACAUUUUACAAAUUCUGUAUUUUAUAAACAAAACAAAACAAAUACCCCACCCCAAAAAAUCCUGUUAAGAAAAUUCAAAAAUACCCAAAAUAAACAUCCCUUUUCCACCCCUUGACAAUCUUGUUCUCUGUUGUAGUCAUGUGUUGAUGGGACUUGAAGUCCAACAACACCUGGAGUACCUACCCCACAUUGACUACCUGUCCCAAAUCACUGGGCAGCACACCUGGAGCCCUCCAGCAUUCCCAGGUGAAAAUAAGAAUGUUCUCUUCUACAUCAGUAUCACUGCUAGUGAGUUGUAUUUAUUGAUUUAGGGUUUCCCCCCCCCAGGCUUUAGGGGUAUGCGUACACCUGCAUCCCCCCAGAAAAAAGCACUGUAUACACACACACACGUGUGUGUGUGUCCGUCCAAUUAUAUUCUAAGUUUUCAAGUUCUUGAUGCAGUUAAGCACUUUGAUCGUUAAUGACGGCUGGCUUAUUUUAGAUAUGAUGUGUAAAACAUGCAAAUAAUUAUAGAAUAUAUAGCUUUAAAGCUGGAAAAAAGGGAAGUAGAAACUCAAUGUAUUGCUGUGUAAAAGUGGCUUCAGAUAAUCUUCAAUGCCCCUUUGUGGGUGCAGCAGUCCAAGCCACCUGCUUGUUGGUUUCCUUUGUAAACAACAAAAAAGCGAAUUCCCGCCAUGCUCUCCACACAAACAGCUGAGGGGAAUGCUCCUCCCGGUUGCCAGUUAGCUUUCUCUCCCGCUGCCUGGCGCUCUUUCUCCAGGCUCUCCUUCCUUCCGGAAGGUCAGGAGCGACCGUUAAUCAAGCGGAAUGUUGGAGAGGAUGGGAUUUAAUCCACGCCAUCUUGGUUUCCAUGGCUUGACAGAGGGUUGGGGAAGUCCCUGGAGAGAAAUGGUCGCCCCAGAGCCGACCUGGCGAUCUGCCACUGAACUCUAGCUUGAGGGACGGAGGUUGACUCUUCAAGGCUGCCCUCCUGCCCUGGCCACUGGAAGGUGCAAAUCGGCCUCAGCCGCCUCAGUGGUCAGCUAUUCUGGGCCCUCAGUCUCCUCUUGCCCUCCAUGGGUAAGCAGCGGCUUCUGUGUGACUUUCCGAAGACAGGUAGGGAUUUAUGUCUGAGAGGGCUGGCAUGUGCACUUACACUGAUCCGCCAUUGAACCGGCCCACAUUUGUUCAGCCGAGCUGCUUGAGAUGGAAAACGUAUUGCAGCUUGGCCCAGUUAAUGGUUUCUUAAACCCUAUUGGGUUCACUGGAAGUUACUCCCAUGUAAGUCAGUGCAGAGGUGACUGAGCGCGACAGCCAGUGCUUUUUUCUGGGGGUAUGCCAGGGGUACACAUACCCCUAAACAUUUUGUGAAUCUAAGUUUGGCCUCAUUGAGGGGCAGUAUUUCAAUAUGAGUAGGAAAAUGAGAGGAUCCCUAAACAUUUUUUUAGGAAAAAAGCACUGGCUACAGCCCAAUCCCAAGCAUGUUUACUUGGAAGUAAGGCCCAUUGAUUUACACACCCUAGUAAGUGUCUUAAGGGUUGUUGCAGCCUUAGUCUCAGUGAGCAAGUGUUUAGGAGGUGAUCUUGAUAGGAAGCUUUUGAAAAGCUGUUUACAAUUUUUAUCCCCUCUUACCCAGGGUUCAUGUUUCCUUUGGAAAUGAGGCAGAGCGGAGACUGGUGUCUUUAUGAUAUAUGGUUUUCUCUCUCUCUCUUUCUCUCUCUCUCUCUCUCUCUCACACACACACACACACACACACACACAACCUGAGCCUACGAUAGAGAGGUUCAAAACAUUGCCCUCCAGGAGUGCCCCUUCUCUCCCAUUGCUGCAGCCUCUGAUUCAAAACAGGCAACUGACAUUGUACUCUGGGCCCCUUCUCCAGCUUGCUAAGCUUAACAGACUGACACCUUUUUCACAUCGAUCACAACACAGCCAACUGAAAGCCUAGAAUGUCAUCCUAACAAAAACUCUAGCACUGUCUUCUAAUGCUUUCAUAGCUCAGGGAGAGGCUCCUUGCAUUUGGUGGCUGGCACAGAGUCUUUGCUGAUAACCAAUGUCCCCUUGUUCUCUGCAAUUGGCCCAUCUUUUAGGCAAUCUUUUGAACACGGGGAGCUGAGUCCAGUUAUUAAGGGUCUGGCUUCCAGUUUAACUCUCCAAGAAUUGAUUAAAUUCUAACACUUACUAAAUACAGGAAUUGUGGGUGUCUUGCAUCCACAAACCCUGACACCCACAAACUCAUAACAAUAUCAGGGUUGCCAUAUUUCAAAAAGUGAAAAGCUGGACAGAAAAGUUGUUGAGCUUGCAGCUUCAAUAUUCUAGAUAUGUCCAGGAAAUUUCGGGUGUAUGGCAACCCUAAACAAUACACACCUGGGCUGCUAGAGAUGUUCUCAUUCUUGCCAUAGUUCUAAACAAAGCAAAAACAUUUGGCCCCUCCACCUUGCCAAACCACAACUAUAACUUUUCAUUGAUUUUAGCACCCUAAGGUCAUCAUUGCUGCUCAAGCUUUAACAGCUAAAUGGAACAGCGCCACUUUGCCAAACCAUGGUGUUCCCAUUUGAAGUCAGUUUCUUUUACAUGUCGGCAGCCCCUACCAAGGAUUUGUACACACUAUAGGGAUGCGGGUGGCGCUGUGGUCUAAAUCACUGAACCUCUUGGGCUUGCCAAUCAGAAGGUUGGUGGUUCGAAUCCGCACAACGGGGUGAGCUCCUGUUGCUCUGUCCCAGCUCCUGCCAACCUAGGAGUUCGAAAGCAUGCCAGUGCAAAUAGAUAAACAGGUACCACUGUGGUGGGAAGGUAAACAGUGUUUCCAUGCGCUCUGGUUUCCAUUGCACCAGAAGUGGUUUAGUCAUGCUGGUCACAUGACCCGGAAAGCUGUCUGUGGACAAACGCUGGCUCCCUUGGCCUGAAAGCAAGAUCAGCACCACACCCCAUAGUCACCUUUGACUGGACUUAACCAUCCAGAGGUCCUUUACCUUUUACCUUUGUACACACUAUAAUUUUAAAACUCAUUCAAAGCACAUUCUUUCCCUCAAAGAAUUAUGGGCACUGUGGUUUACACCUCAGAGUGUUACAGCACCUCUUAAACUACAGUACCCAGAGUUCUUUGAGGGAAGGAAUGUGGUUUAAAGGUAUGGUGUACACAGCCUAGAAACUGUAUUGGCAUGCUGACUGUGGAGGCUUCCCUCCUCUGCAGCCAGCAUGGCAGCACAGACUGCUAAUCUUUUACUAGGUCAGAAAAAACAAAUACUGUACACAGUUUAGUAAAUGUUGUGAGUUGAUCUGCAAGAUUUUGCUAGAGCACUGCACUAGAAAAAAAGAAACCCAAAUCCAAAGAUGUUCUUUCACUCAGUACAAGAGUUCAUGCCACUUCAAACACAUACUUGAUGCUCAGGCAGAAACUGGAGCAUUGCUGUGUAACCUGCCUAUUGUAGCACUGUAUGAACUUGCACAGACAUUUGCAAAAGAGCAUUGACUGUUUUUCCUUCUACCCUUGGAUCAUUGGAUCGAAAUCCACUGUAAUUUAGCAAGUAACCCUGUGGUUGGGAAGCUGAAUGUUUAAAUAUUAAUAGAAAGAAAUCCCAGUGCUGUUGGGAGUGGGGGGAAACCCAUUUAAAUCAGAUAGAAUAUAUGGCACCUGAAAUACAUUUUGUUUAAAUCAUAGGUUGGUCAGCAUGUCGGAGGAUGUUGUGAAGAACAGCAAGGAUGGGGGGAUACUUUGCAAAGACCAAUAAGGUUGAUUCCGAGCCCGAAAUAGCUCAGGUAUUUGUCAAUUACGUAUUUUAUAAAUAUAUUGACGGUUUGGGUCAAAAAUGACCCCCCCAUGAAGUAUUUACCUAUUUUUUAGUCAAAUCGCCAAAAAACAAACCCUGGACAUUUUAGCCACUAUCUGACAAUUCUGCCAGGAUGCCAUAGCGAAUCCCGGCUAUGUCCAGGAAAUUCCAGACAUAUGGCAGCCCUAACUAGUGGCUGUGUUUUAUAACACAUUAUAAUAACACAUUAAACUCUUAAUGUGUUUUCGAGUUUCUUUUUGAAUAUACAGGCUGAGCAUAGGUCAGCUCCACUGAACUGAAAUUUCAGCCCUCAUGGCACAGGAAAACGGCCAAGUAAACAGCUAUUUUCGUGGAGGAGGGUCAAGAUACUAACUGAUAUACAUGAAAUUUCAGAUAUAGCUAUAUAAUCCCUAGUGCAGUAAGAUAAGACCUUUGGAGCAGGCAUUUUUUUAAAAAAAGUUUUUUAUGAACCACCCUACUGCCCAAGAGAGAGGGAAGUCUACUGCCCUACACCUCUCUAGCUCUCUCUUGCCCCUCUCCAGAAAACCUGUCUGCCUCAUUUGGCUCAUACACUGCACACCAAGAUUAUGUCAGCUGGAACGGGGAAAGGUCUUCCUUUGCCCCAUUCAAAAGAACUUUAAGAAGACCCAGUUAGUGGGUGAAAUCUCACUAACAAAAGAUAGCUGCGCCUGGUAACUUUACAAAGGACAAUUAAGGAGUGGUCCUUUUGACGUUAUUCACCUUGUGAUUUCGAAAUCCCCAGUCUUGUCACUGUAUAUCCUCAGAAGUAAGUCCCAUUGAGUUGAGUAGCACUUGCUUAUUAAGAAAAAUGUGUGGGACUCAGGCAUUAUUUGGUACGUCAAUUGUUGAUAAUGUGUCAUCCCCCGCUCUCCCUGUUUUAAAUCAGGAGGAGAUUCUUCCUGUAGAAAAUGAAGAGGCAGCGUCACUGAAGGAUUUUGAACCGCAAGUGGAGGAGGAGCCACAAGGAAAACUGCGGCAAAUAUGUAUUUUCCCACCACAAGGCAUAUUUGCUGAAAUAGUAACAAAUGGUAUGCAAAGGGAAUACAAAAGGGGAAGAGAAUACAGCCACCCUUUUCUAUUGGCUAUAAUUGUCUUGGUUUCUUUUUUUUUAACCUAAUCUUAAGGUCCAGGGUUUUAUAUUUAAAAAGGUAUAAUAUCAGCUGAUCAGUGGUAACUCCCCUUUUGGCAAGGGUGGAGAACUCCAGCAUGUAACUAAUCCCAGUGGAGACUGAAGUCACCGACAAUCAGCUGAUCCCUUAAUUACUGGCUUUUAUUCAGACAUCACUCUGCUGGCCUAUGGAACUGUGAAUUCUGCACAGUGUCACAGCUAACAGUACUGGGAUUGUUUUCAUGGUCUCUGAUUUGUGUGGGGAUGUUGACCUUCUACAAGGCAGAAGCAAACCAGAGGUUUAAGGAAGUUGCAAGGCUAAUUAUCCCAGGAUAAUUAAUUGUGGGACGUCAAGCACCCUUCAGAGGUGAAUUGGCAAGAAACAUGUAACAUAUUCUAACAUUUUCAUGUGUAGUUCUUCAGCAGGUUUGGCUCAGUUAACCUGCCUGGAUAUGUUUAGUCAUUCGGAGCUCUUUGGAGGAAAAUCAGAGUGUAAUAAAUCAAGUGAAACCUUCAGGAGCCUUAACCAAAACCUUCAGAACUCCCCUGAAAUUCUUUUGUCUGCUAAACAGACAAGAUAACUGAUACCCCUUCCAUUUUGAUCCAUUAGCUCUGCAGUUCAUUCCUAACUGUUAUUGUUUUAAUCAUUAUUGUAAGCUUUUAAGCCUGGUCUUAAUGUUCUCUCUUGUAAGUGAACUCCCAAAAGUCUAUAAUCCUCACUACAUUUAUGCAGAUUUAUCUUGAAAGUGGGUCAUGACCAAGCACACAAAGAGACAUUUUCUCCUGUAAUGUGUACAGAAUAUGACCCAAAUAAUUUGAUCUGCAGAAAACAUUACGAUUCAUGCCUUGCCGCUGAGUGAAAUCUCUAAAGAUCCUAGAUGAAAUGGUCACUUAGGGGAAAGUUUUACUAUUUAUUAAUCUGUUUAUAUUAUUUGCAAUGGUUAUUUAUUGCUUUUGAUUUUUGUUGGAGAUAGUAUUCAUUGCCCAGGAACAAAGAAAGAAGGAUAAGUAUGGAAGCUCCUUUGUGCCAUUGGCUCCCUGUAACUUCCGUUUUCAUUUGCCAGAGCUGUGUAGGAAAUGGUUCUAAAAUUGCAUCUUCACUUUCCAGUGCUCCCAUUCUGGUGCAGCGGGAAAGAACAGGAGGGCCUGCCAAGAAAAAUCCCCGUUCUCAAACAAAUAACAGUAACUGGGAGGAGAUCUGAAAUAUCUCUAAAAUCUAUUUAGAUUGCAGAACAACAAUAAAAAAGCAAUCACGCUCAUCUGUGGCCUGGGUUGCAUGGUAGCACAUUUAGCACCAUAGCUGAUUAGCAACAGCCCAUCAUUGUUGACUGCAUGACAACAAGCAUUUGACAGUAGCUUUAAAUAAAGAAUCAAAUUAAAAGAACAUUUUAAAAAACAGCACAGAAAAGUGCAUUACUAGCGCAACUUUUGUUUCUUUUAUUACUUUAACCAAAAAUCAGUUUUCAUGAAGCUCUGAAGAACGUAGCAUGAUUUCUGAAGGAUGCUAAAGCAUUUCUUCCCCUUUUUUCCAGUAGCAGCAGCAGCGCUGAUCUGGGCUGUUUUCUGGGCUGUUAUAGGCAAGGAAUGUCUUCCUGGUGGAAAUGUCUUUGGACUUUUGUUCCUCUUCUUUUGUUCUUUACUUGGUGGUAAAGUUAUGGAGUCCAUUAGAAUACCUGGCUUCCCUCCCCUCCCUCGUCUUUUUGGUAAGUAUUGCUUUAUCAGGUACCGUGCAUCAUCUUAUUUUUACAUAGACCUGGUUUUUUCAAUAUGACAGCAGAGUUGUCCAAAUGUCAAUUUAGGCUCCCAUUUUAUUUAUGCAUCAUUUCAAGGGGUUUCCAUUGGAGAUCAGUCAUAGGCCUAUUUCCUUCAGGUAACCGAAAUGUUACAAAGGGUAUUUCUAGUUUUAAAGAGUUUCUUUGUCCAUUUCCCCCCUCCAGCCAGUGAGUAAUAGAGGACUCUCAAGUGUAAGCAAGAUAUACAGCAUAUUUGCAUCACCCUACAUACGAUCCCAUCCAGCCAAAAGAGGAAAAGAUGUCAGUCAUGUUAAAUCCAUGAGCUGGACUUGGGUCCCUUUUAUUUUGGGCAGGAGAGUGACAAAAGACAAGGAGCUGUUUGUUUAAGAAAAGCUGGUUUCUUAAUAUGCAUAUGUAAGUUGCUGUUAGGAUCUUUCUUUGUAUGUUGAUGGUCAUAUACAGUACCUGUUUCAUCAAGUAUGUAAGUGUAUUAGGGGAGUUUGAAUUCCAACUGAUGCACAGUAGCAUCAGUCCCAGGGAUCUCUGUGUCUUGUCAAAUAGAAAAAGGAAGAAUGGCAUCUACCAGUCACUGUCAGUUUAAGAUGGAAGGCUGUUUUCCUUCUCCAUCUGAGACAGCACAGAAUGGUUGGGGCAGAGAGAAUCGUAUCUGCAUGUCGUCGUCUUCUUCUUCUGAGAUCACUCGUAGCUGAGUAAAAUUGUCUUCUAUAAACACAAUUUUCACUGUGAGUCCGCAAGUGACUGUGGAGGCUAAUUCUGGAUCCCCACAUCCUUCCAUAGUGGGGACAUAGGUUUCCAGGCAGGAGUUAAUCACAGUAGUGAGGGUUUGCCAAGCGUGCCUUCCUCCUAGCACGGUUCUCCCUUUUGUCCCGAGUUUGAGCGUCUUCAGUUGGAGCACUCGCAGGCCAGUGUUUCCCAGUUGUGAGUGAGAUCUCCAUGUAAAUUAGAUAAGUAGAUACUGGGUUUUCAGACUUAUAAGCAGCCACAGAAAAGGGCUUGAACAGGAUCUGGGCUGCAGUUCUGGAGAAGGGAUCUUUUCACCUUUGCCCACAAAACUGUUUCCUUGACUUAAAUUCGUGCCACAGUUGUUACUUGGUACAGAUUGGAGAAAAGGCAUUCACAUGCUGCUCUCUUCCCCAGCUGCCUGCAACUGUUACUGGUUUCCAGCAGAUUUAAAUUGUGAAAGGGUAGAGGGGAAAGGAUUCAACCCCUCUCCCCCAGUGAUAUAGCCCAAUCCCAGCCCCAUUCCAUAUUGUUAUUCUGGCACACGAUUUAACACUGCAGACACUUCGUCCCAUGCUUUCCAAAUGUUGCUUGCUGCCUGUGAUGUCAACAAUGAGUGACAUGCCUUUCUCUGUUCCAUUUAGGGAUGCUGCUUGCUGGGUUUCUCAUCAGGAAUGUCCCGUACACUAGUAAACUAGUCCAGAUCAAUGUGAAAUGGGGAGCUACCAUGCGAAACAUUGCCCUCUCAAUUAUCUUGGCUCUUGCUGGUCUUGGCCUCGACCCACAGGUGAAGUAUCAAAUGGUCCUUAACACAUGCAAAAUCUUUAUGGACACUGAGAUGUGUGGCAAAGAGCUUUCCUGGCGACCACACAAAAGCAAAAUAAAAGAAUGUUGCCCGCAGAAAGAUGGUUUAUUCUUUAAACUCUUCCCAGCUCCAAAUAUUCACUAGAUAAUAUGCUAGAUAUAAUUUCUCUAUCCCACCACUCUCUAAACAUCAGAGACAUUUGCAGAACCCAGAAAACAGAGUUGUUACCUAGAUGCCAAACCCACAGCUCUUGGAUUCAAGCACCAUUCUAUUUAAAUUUUCCAUUCCUGAGGAAGAAUGAAAACAGAUACAGUAUUUUUUAUUGCACUUGUAGUGGUAUGAUUUCGUACAAAAGUACCUUUUUUGCUUUGGAGCAAGCUCUGGAAAAUAUUUUGGAACAAGUUUCUCGCAAUGCCAAUGUACAUUGGGGAAAAUGCAUCUAUGAAGGGCAACCAAUUGCCUAGCACCAAUCCAACACACUUCUACCCCUAAUCUCUGUCACUGUUUUUACAUAAGUUUCUGAAUUUUUUAAGGUGAAGGCUGAGCAUCUUACUGAAUACAAUGGUACCUCGGGUUAAGAACUUAAUUCGUUCCGCUUUAGUUAAUGGGGCUUCCCCUUGCUGCUGCACGAUUUCUGUUCUCAUCCUGAAGCAAAGUUCUUAACCCGAGGUACUAUUUCUGGGUUAGCAGAGUCUGUAACCUGAAGCAUCUGUAACCCGAGGUACCACUGUAUUUUGUUACAGCUCCUGAUCCACAGACCCUUUUUUAAAAAUUAAUUACUGUUUUAUGUUUUAUGAAUUACUUCCACUUACGCUCUGCUUGUAUAUUUGUAAAUGAAGGGCAUUGCAAGUCUCUAAUUCUCUCUCACCCAAAGGGAAUUAAAAUUAGAUAGUGUUGCCUGUGCAUGCAUUGCUUAAAAAAAGAGUGUGGGGGAAACUUACAAGCCCCCUAAUUCUUGAAAUUAAGGGUGAGACUUACUGCCAACCCAGUAUGCAGUUUUCUGGAAUGCAUAUCUGUAAUGCACUUUGAUGACCUGGGUUCACACUGCAGGAGACGAACUGAAAAGUGUACGUCUAUCUUCAUCCUAAACAGCUUGAAUCCAUUUCCAAUCUCCUAUUAUAAUGCAUUGUAUUGUCCCAUACAAUCAAAGCUGAGUACAGCAGAGCAAAUCUCAACCGAUUUUACGUAACAGUAAAAAAGAAUUUUGACAACAGUUGUUUUUUUAAAAAAUGUGUUUUGUCUUUCAGGCUCUGAAUAAGUUGAAAGCGAUCUGUUUCAGACUAAGCUUUGGUCCUUGCCUCACGGAAGCCUGUGCAGCAGCUGUCCUGUCUCACUAUAUCAUGAACCUGCCAUGGGAAUGGGGGUUUAUGUUAGGGUAAGAGAUAACCUUGCUUUCUCUUGCUUGCAAGUGGUACAUAUCUUCUAGCAAUACCUACAACUGCAAUCUUAAACACAGUGCGCAAAGUCCCGAGCCCUGAGGGGAUGCAUCGUUUGGGUUCUUUAGUGUUAUUAAUAAGAAUAUGCAAGCAUGGAAUCUCUCCCUUCUCCUGCAAUCCAUUACCAGUCUGGAUAAUGAAGGUGCUUGGAGCGUUUCAUAGAGUGGCAGCACUGAGAAACACAGAGAAGACACACUGCCAGGGCCGGAUUUAGGUUUGAUGAGGCCCUAAGCUACUGAAGGUAACAGGGCCCUUUAUAUGUCCAGCUGUCCUUUGUCAACAACAAAUUGUCACUGUUUUUUUUGUGUUGAAUAUAUGCUAUGUGGUAAUUUAUGGACCUAAUAGCAGGCAUCCCCAACCUUCGGCCCUCCAGAUGUUUUGGACUACAAUUCCCAUCAUCCCUGACCACUGGUCCUGUUAGCUAGGGAUCAUGGGAGUUGUAGGCCAAAACAUCUGGAGGGCCACAGGUUGGGGAAGCCUGACUUAAUAGUCAUUUGCAUAUUUUGCCAUGCAACCAGUCCAUGCAGCGUGUAGGUACCCUAUACAGUGGUACCUUGGGUUAAGUACUUAAUUCGUUCUGGGGGUCCGUUCUUAACCUGAAACUGUUCUUAACCUGAGGUACCACUUUAGCUAAUGGGGCCUCCCACUGCUGCCACACCGCCGCCACACGAUUUCUGUUCUUAUCCUGAAGCAAAGUUCUUAACCCGAGGUACUAUUUCUGGGUUAGUGGAGUCUGGAACCUGAAGCGUCUGUAACCCGAGGUACCACUAUAUAUAGAAAUGAGUAAACCACUGAUAUUUUAGGGAGCAGACUAGCAGGUGGGGCCCAUUACUUACAUCAUAGGAGCCUACACAACACAAAACACUGUUGCUGUAUGUAGGUUUUAUUUUAUUUGUUUUUUAUCUUACAUUUUGGAAAUGUACAUCCAGGUUUUAUUCCCCUUUAACUUUUUUGGGGGACCCCCAAGAGAGUGGGGCCCUAAGCUAUAGCUUGUUUAGCUUAUACGUAAAUCCGGCACUGCACACAGCUGUGUCUUGUUUUCCCUUUUUUACAACACGGAGUGCAUUGUUGUGAUUAUAGAGAGAAGGGCAGAGGAGAUAAAUUUAUUUCCAGAAAUUUCUGAUACAUCAUCUUCUGUAAAGUUUUAUCUGAAGGAAGCAAUGUAAUGUUCCCUUCUUUCGCCAAGAGCUAAUUUUGUGCCCUUUCAGGUUUGUUCUAGGUGCUGUGUCUCCUGCUAUCGUCGUCCUUUCAUUGCUGAUGUUGCAAUCCAGAGGAUAUGGUGUUGAUAAAGGCAUUCCUACCUUGGUAAUAGCUGCUGCCAGCCUGGAUGAUAUCGUGGCCAUUACAGGAUUCAACACCUUCUUGGGCAUGGCCUUUUCCAAAGGUACUGGAGCUACUCCCUAGGAAUGAAAAGCCACUGCAUGGACCCAUUAGAAAAAAAAACAUAGGCAGAAUUGGGAGGCUGAAUGCGGUGCUAUUUCUCUUGAGGAUGGGAGAAAGCUGACUUCCUUCAGGAAGGCUUCAUUGUGAUGUGACCUCUUCUCUAACAGAGAAUAUAUGUUGUCAAACAGCUGGGAUUGGGAGAAGGGGAAUUCCAUUCCAUUCACGUUAAAGGGGAAAUUACUUAAUUUGCACUUUCUGAAAUGACACACAGACUGCAACUCGGCCAUCCUUCAAACUUCACACAGCUUGUGUGGCGGUUAUAUAGCGUCUGCUGUUUAUUAAGCACUCAUUUUUAUCUCUUCCUGCAGAGGUUAUACAAUAGCCACUGCUGAGUGAGCACUCAUCCUAAUUUGUUUGCACAGAGAUUAUACGACUUCCCAUCAACUGAUUGUUAUCCCAGACUUUUUAGUGUGCUUUCCCAUCACUUUGCUUACUACAAAAAGUCUGCUUUAAAAAAAGAAAAAGUUGGUUUGUUAUGUGAAAACCUAAAUUUGCAGGUAUGAAGUUGAAUACAUCCCACAGUAUAGUGACAAUCUGGAGGGAACCCAGCAUUCUGGUUCUGAGCUGAGUUACACCAGCUUUGUCUUUCCUCCUAUAUUCAUCUUUGCACUUUAGAAACUGUAGAACGAUCACAGCAGGUGAGCGCCAUUUCUUUUUUUCUUUUACUUCUGCUGUGGUACAAUGGCUGCCACCUGCUGGAUAAAGAACCAAUUGCAACUUCUGUAUAGAAUCAUCGAAUCUUAGAGUUGGAAGGGACCCUAAGGGUCAUCUAGUCCAGCCCCAGCAAUGCAGGAACCCAUCCAUGACAGAUGGCCAUCCAACCUCUGUUUAAGAAGAAGAAGAAGAGUUUGGAUUUGAUAUCCCGCCUUUCACUCCCCUUCAGGAGUCUCAAAGCGGCUAACAACCUCCUUUCCCUUCCUCCCCCACAACAAACACUCUGUGAGGUGAGUGGGGCUGAGAGACUUCAAAGAAGUGUGACUGGACCAAGGUCACCCAGCAGCUGCAUGUGGAGGAGCGGAGACACGAACUCGGUUCCCCAGAUUAGGAGACUACCGCUCUUAACCACUACACCACACUGGCUCCAAGGAACCUCCAAGGAAAGAGAGUCCGCCACCUCUCGUGGGAGUCUGCACAAAGCCUCUCAAUUCAGUAGUUGCAUUUUAAAACAAAAACAAAGAUCCCUGGAAGACAUACUCUUAACUCUGUCUGCUUUCUAUCUUGAAAAUACUCUUCAGGACAUUUAUUCUCUCUGCGCUCAUUUCUCCUCUGGUAACUACUGUGAAUGCAUGACCUGCUGUCUGUCUGCAGACACUGCAGUCGUCUGCAAGGGAUUCCACAUGACAGGGCUGAUGUUGCCAGCCUUCAUGUCUCAUUUGCAGACAUCUUUAUAGUGCAGAGUUGGUCCACCAGCAGGCCUGGUGCCUGAAACCAGCUCCCCGAAAAGCACAUCCUUGGGGAUCCUGCCAUCUUCCAUGGCCACCUUCCAAGCAAGGUAUAGAGCCAUGGGUAGGCAAACUAAGGCCUGGAUCCGGCCCAAUUGCCUUCUAAAUCCAGCCCACAGACAGUCUGGGAGUCAGCAUGAUUUUACAUGAGUAGAACGUGCCCUUUUAUUUAAAGUGCAUCUCUGGGUUAUUUGUGGGGCAUAGGAAUUAGUUCAUUUUCCCCCCCUUCAAAAUAUAGUCCGGCCCCCCACAAGGUCUGAGGGACAGUGGACCGGCCCCCUGCUGAAAAAGUUUCCUGACCCCUGGUGUAGACACUGCUGUGACAGAAGCGUGAACAUGCUGGGAAUGUGGGCUUGAAGUGAAUUAAAGCUCUGUUGCCGUAGCACAACAACUUCACUUUUUUGAAGGACUUUAGGAACGUGAGGGGGGCGGGAAAGGCACCAAAAAGUGUGGGAUGAACUAAUGAUUAAUGGGAAUAAUAUAACCACUGCUCAAGCAAAUAAGGAUUAAUGUUCAUUGCCGUAUAACCACAAACAAAUUAGAACUCAUGCUCAGUAAAGGCCAGACAUAAUCUAUCCUCUGCAUAAACUUUACGCAAGCAAAGCAUUCUUCUGUUGUGUCCAAAAAGGCUCUGUCUUCAAGAGUAUCCUCCGUGGUUUAAUAGAAGUUGUAAUCGGCGCAGGAGCUGGUGGCCUUCUGGGAAUUUUCAUUUGGUACUUUCCAAGCAAGGAUCAGGUAAGAAAGGAAGCUGCUGGAAAGUUUCAGCCUUGCAUCUCCUCAAGGGGAAGUGGUAAGGGAAUGAUGCAAAAGACACUAUCCAUGUCCUAGUUUAUAACUGUUGAGAAUGUGAUCCAGAGAUUGUCAGCGUUACAAAAUCACUCUUUCCCAAGGAUGUGAAUCCAGUGUAUUUUAUUGGCAUUCUUUUUCCUGGAGCCAGUAGUGUGUAACUUAUGUAGAUAUCAGAUUUUUCACUGUGGCAUAGACUGCACAGUGCCUGCGUGGUUGCCAAGAGGCAGAGAUGAGUCCAGCUGGUGAAGAGGCAAGGGUGUCCUGCCCCUCCUGCUGUGACAAGCUCUCCUCCCCUAGGGGAGGCGUGAAGAGGGCAGAGGAGAACUUAGCUUCACUCAGGCAUAGUCUCAGAUUGCUUGGGGAAACUCUGGAGAGGAGGGGACCUAGGCAGGGAUCUUCAGUCUCAGCAACUGCUUCAUGGGGGCAAGACCCACCAGAGAUGAGUUGCUGUGCUCAUUAGGCCUGACUAUUGUGAAGGUCCUGUUUUUGCUAAUAAAGAGUUAAUUCCAACUUGCUCAGUGUGAUUUACUGCUGCCUCACUCCUGUCACCACGUUUUAAUGGAUGCCAGGAUGGGAUACCCUCUCUCCCUCCCUUCUGUUUUAAACAGAGCAGCAGUGAAUGAUGAAAGUGUAUUUUCCCAUCAUUGAUGGGGCAGUGUGCCCAUGGCGUUUUGUGGUCUUAUCUCUUUUCCUGUUCUUUUGGGUGUGGCAGCCAUUUUGUGUUAUGCCACGCCCCCAUUCGAGCCUUUUGCGACUGGUGCCCCUGGUACUUUCUCAAAAUCCCAAAGAUGCCCACCGACUCUAAACGUUUGGUGGGCCCAGACUGGGGUCAUUUGUUCCCCUUCAGAUUUAAAUCUGCUCUGCAUGCAGGAGAAGUUUUGACCUUCGUGGCUCUGUUAGGGGGAUGAGGAUCUUUCUGCCAUUGCUGAUCUUGUCCUAAACAGAGGACUCAUUUGUAGAUUUUAAAUAUACUUUCUAUUUUCUUCCCUGGUCUUAGGCAUAUGUUGUGUGGAAGAGAGCAUUCUUUCUGUUGGGUCUCUCUGCGUUUACUCUUUUGAGCUGCAAGCAUUUUGGCUUUCCUGGAUCUGGAGGCCUCUGCACAAUUGUCUUGUCAUUUCUGGCUGGGCUGAGAUGGUCUGUGGAGAAGGUGAGCAUUCUGCAAACAUAAUGUUGUUGUUUAGUUGUUUAGUCGUGCCCGACUCUUCGUGACCCCAUGGACCAGAGCACACCAAGCACUCCUGUUUUCGCAAACAUGAUAAUAAUAAUAAUAAUUUUUUAUUUUUACCCCGCCCAUCUGGCUGGGUUUCCCCAGCCACUCUGGGCAGUUUCCAACAAAGACCAAAAAUACAUUAAAAUAUCACACAUUAAAAGCUUCCCUGAACAGGGCUGCCUUCAGAUGUCUUCUGAAUGUCAGGUAGUUGUUUAUCUCUUUGACAUCUGAUGGGAGGACGUUCCAUAGGGCAGGCACCACUACCGAGAAGGCCCUCUGCCUGGUUCCCUGUAGCUUUGCUUCUCACAAUGAGGGAACCGCCAGAAGGCCCUUGGCGCUGGACCUCAGCGUCCGGGCAGAACGAUGGGAUGGAGACGCUCCUUCAGGUAUACUGGACCGAGGUCGUUUAAAGCCAAGAACUCAGGAACAGAUUUAUGUGAAGGAGAGAACUCAAGUUGGACUGCUUUACAGUAGCACCCUGGGCUCCUUUAGCAUCAAGGGCAAGAGAGAAAUGUAAUACUAUGAAUGACAACAACUACAGCUACACAAUAAGCUAGUUAUUCAUAGCUUCAACUGAAUAGAAGUUAAAAAAUUUUAGAAGUUUGGGGGAAAUGGAUACAAAUUGAAAAGUGGUCUCUUAAACAAAAUUAAUGUUGGGCACAUUGAUCAAUUACACGGCUAGUUUGUGGAGGAAAGAAUUCCAGAAUCCACAGCUGGUCAGCACCUGUAUUGAUCAGGACCAACCAACAUGCCGCAGAAUAAUAUAUUAUGCUAUGUAAUUGCUUGUUACGUUAAAAAUUGUUAUAUUUUAAAGAUCUAAUAAAAAAGAAUAAUACUAGUUCUUGUAACACUUUGUGUUCACUCUUCGUUUUGCAGAAAGCAGUGGAAGAGAUUGUUAGAAUUGCCUGGCAAUUUUUCCAACCCUUUCUGUUUGGUUUAAUCGGAGCUGAAAUAUCCGUUGUCUCUCUCGGACCAAAAAUGGUUGGUAAGUCUGCUAACCUGUGGUGGCAGGGGUGCCAACUUGAAUAAGACAUUGCGGGAGGAGGGGCAGGUAAGCCCCGUCCUGCAUAAUCGAUCACAUGAUGCGACACACACACACACCAUUUGAAUGACAAUGCCCAUCAAGUUGGGGGGGGCGGCCCCCUCAAAUAUUUUAUUAGGGCUUCAGCCUCUAGGAGUUGGCUCCUAUGCACUGAUGAGUGGGGCUAUAUUUCCUUAGAAAGGUAAAGGACCCCUGACACUUAAGUCCAGUCACAGACGACUCUGGGGUUGUGGCGCUCAUCUCGCUUUACUGGCUGAGGGAGCUGGCUUUUGUCCGCAGACAGUUUUUCCGGGUCAUGUGGCCAGCAUGACUAAGCUGCUUCUGGCGAAACCAGAGCAGUGCAUGGAAACACCAUUUACCUUCCCGCCGGAGCGGUACCUAUUUAUCUACUUGCACUCUGACAUGCUUUUGUACUGCUAGGUUGGCAGGAGCAGGGACAGAGCAACGAGAGCUCACCCCGUCGCGGGGAUUUGAACCACCGACCCAAUCGGCAAGCCCAAGAGGCUCAAUGGUUUAGACCACAGCGCCACCUGCGUCCCUUAGAGGACAGCUAAUGGAGCAUCUCCUCCAAAGCUGAACAAGCAUGCGUUUCCAUAAGUGAAUGGGCAGAGAAAUGCCCUGGAGAGAACAGAGCAGAGGGUUAACUGCUUCAUCCCAGCCCCUGCUGCUUGUGUGAGCCACAGCAGAAGGUGGCAGGCUGUAGAGGCUUCUUGCCCAUUUUUCACUGUGGCAGCUUGAAAUAUACUUGGGAGUCCUGUAGUGAUUUCAUGCUCUUUAUUGCAGCUUGUGAAACAGUGAUUGAAUUGCCUCCCAAACCUCAAGCUUUUAUAUACAUUAUUUAUACAAUGAGUCCCAUCUGAUUGGCUGAUUCUGCUUCCCUCCUGGAGCCUGAUUGGUCUUUUCCUGCAGGCCAAUCAGUUGUUGCAUUCUACCAUCCUACUAGCCUAAUAGGCCGAUUAACUUCCUCCUGGAGCCUGAUUGGUCUUUUCCUCCAAGCCAAUCAGUUGUUGCAUUCUAGGAUACUACUUGCCUGUUGUUCUGGGAUCCAAGCUUAGUACAUAACACAGCUCCAGGCUGGUGCAACACAACUGCAGCGCUCUCCAAUAUGAUGUGCAGAAGCUGAACCACACAAGCAGCUGAACCUUCUUUUAGCACUGGCGACAGGUCAGUGUCCCUCCAGGGUGUGAGAGCCCCUGGCUAGCUUAGGGGAUACGCGCAAGUCCAAAUGGCCCACACAGUUCUAUUCCCUAACAUCUUGCAACUGCUCCCCAUCGUCUCAGUUGGCCACCUCACUCUCACUUAAUGUUAGGGCUUCGUCCUGCUGACGCAUCACGACUGCUUUUGCCUUUUGUUCCUAAUAAGAUGAGGAUGGGGGCUGAUUUCCCCCCGAGAGGAAUAAUGAAGUAUAUAUCCCUCUGCCUACAGGGUUUUGUAUGAUCACAAUGUGUUUGGCUCUCAUGAUACGAGUUACUGCUACAUUUCUGUUGGUGAGUUUCGCUGGCUUGAACUUCAAAGAGAAAACAUUUAUCGCGCUGGCAUGGAUCCCCAAAGCAACUGUCCAGGUAGAGUACGCCUAUAUAGGAGACCCUGUUUCUUCUGCAGAAAAGAUGCUAAAUCACCCGCCAUGGUGCACUACUCCAGGUGGGAAAGACGUAUUGCUUUUGACUCUUGCAAGCAACCUGAUAAUCAGCUUCCUUACUCCAUAGGUUAAUUUCUUCCUCUGUCUGAAGUGUUUUCUGUCACAGCUCUCUUAAGAGAUCACUUUCCCGAUGCAUGCAGAUUUGCCCUCAAAAUUGAUCUCACUAACAGAAGCCCCUUUUAACUGAAAAAUGCAUUCCCUUCUGUGGACCCCAAAAGCAUUGUUUUAACUUGGGGAGAUGCCAUUUUGCUUCCUAAGACACAAAUUCAGCAACCCAGUGAAUUAUAAUGGUGACAAUACUGAUAACUUGACCCAUACAGCAGCGACAGCCCAGGCCUCCCAUUUUGCAAGUCAGAAGCUGGUUAUCAUUUCACCACAAGCUGGAUUGAGCCCCAGGGUCUCCAAAUUUAAGAAGGGCCACAGUGAACUGUGAUUGUAAGGCUAUUCAAAUCGGGCUCCUGUAAGUCCUGAACUGGCCAAAUGAAAGACUCCUGCUUGGACUCUAAUAUUAGUUGAUGAAGUUCUUGGAGCGAAAGGGGUUUCCUUUCCCUCGCAACUGCAGCAGCACUGUCUGUUCAGGAAGGCCCCCGCUAAUUCUCCAGAAAGGCUUCUUUGUGGGGUGCAGGUAGCUUCAGAGAGGGGGACACACGGACAGGAAACUUUCCUUCUGUGAAUAUAACAUGUGAUCCAAUUCAAUGUCCUUUCCACCCCUCCUUCCCUGCAGGCUGCAAUUGGUUCUGUUGGUUUAGAUACAGCCCGAGAGCUGAAGGACCCAGUCCUAGAACAUUAUGGCCUGACCAUCUUGACAAUAGCUUUCCUGGCAAUCCUGUUCACAGCUCCAACUGGGGCUCUGAUCAUUGGCCUGGCAGGACCCAAACUCCUUCACAAGACUGACAUGGGCGAUGAAGAAGAUGGUGGGAAAGCAUCUUCGCCAAUAUAG